GAGGUGGGGCUCAUGGGUACUACAGCAGCAGAGGCAGGAACUGCUUAUGUAACUGGGACAGCAGAUUGAGCAGAGGCUGGGGAUGGGAGCAGUGAGCUGUCGGCAGGGGCAACACACCGGGGUGUCUGCUCCUCAAAAGGGCGCCAACAUCCAGGGGCCCUGGGCCCGAGGCUGGAAGAGCCUCUGGUAUGGCAUGGGGACCAUCAGGUCAGGUGUGGGAGAACUGUGGGAGCUACAGUGGCAUCAGCGCCCACAUCAGGAGCCACUCCAGCCAGCCCUGCGGGCCCUAGAGAAGCCUCUGUCUGAGUGGCCGGUGCCUCAAUUCAUGAGCGUCUUUCUGCCAGAGUUUCCCAUGAGGCCCGUCGGGGGGCAACAGGAGCUGAAGAUUUUAGGCCUUGUGGCUAAAGGCUCUUUUGGAACUGUCCUGAAAGUGCUAGAUUGUGCCCAGAAAGCUGUAUUUGCAGUGAAGGUGGUGCCCAAAGUCAAAGUCCUCCAGCGGGAGACCCUGAGGCAGUGCAAAGAGGAGGUUAGCAUUCAGCGGCAGAUCAGCCAUCCUUUCGUACACAGCUUGGGGGACAGCUGGCAGGGGAAGCGACACCUCUUCAUUAUGUGUAGCUACUGCAGCAUGGAUCUCUACUCCCUGUGGUCUGCUGUUGGUUGUUUUCCAGAGGCUUCUAUCCGUCUCUUUGCAGCCGAACUGGUCCUUGUGCUGUGCUAUCUCCAUGACUUGGGCAUCGUCCAUCGGGAUGUAAAGAUGGAGAAUAUUCUUCUGGAUGAACGAGGCCAUCUGAAACUGACAGACUUUGGUCUGUCUCGACGCCUCGCCCAGGGAGCAAGGGCCUAUACUAUCUGUGGCACUCUUCAAUACAUGGCCCCAGAGGUCCUGAGUGGUGGGCCUUACAACCACACUGCUGACUGGUGGUCCCUAGGAGUAUUGCUGUUCUCUCUGGCAACUGGUAAGUUCCCAGUGGCUGCAGAGAGAGAUCAUCUGACCAUGCUGGCAAGUGUGACCCACUGUGAAGCUGAGACCCCAGCUUCUCUUAGUCAGGAGCUCUCACUCCUGCUCCAUGAGCUCUUAUGCCAGAACCCUCUGCACCGGCUACGAUAUCUGCAUCACUUCCAGGCCCACCCCUUCUUACGGGGUGUGGCCUUUGACCCUGAGCUCCUACAGAAGCAGCCAGUGAAGUUUGUCAUGGAGACACAAGAUACCUGGCCCAGUCCAUUGGGGUCUAUGCCCUUCAAGGACUUUGACUGUGAUCUGGAGUCCUUGGGUCACUCCAUCUCUGCAGAUUCUCUACUGUAGAUAGGUGCCCAGGUGGAAACUACCAACUCAGUAUGACCACUCUGAUGAUCCAAUGUUUACUUUGUUGUUCCUUGCUAGUCUCUUUGUAGGUACUGGUCCAGAGUUUAAAUAUUUGGCAUUCUGCAGUUGAUAGCCAAAACUGCCCCUAAUGCUUUCCUACAACCCACCUCUCAACUGCAGGUCACUUCUUCAGUACUUUCACUUAAGAUGCCAACCAAAGGCUUCUUGAACUUUAUCUUCUCCAUAUUUUUCUACCAUAAUUCCUUUCUUGGGCAAUAAUGACACUCUGUGGGUU